AACAGUUUGUUGCUCACAUUCACGUAGCAUAAACGCAUUUUACAAGCAUUUGAAUUCGUUGAAAAUAACUUUGUUUUUAAAAUAUUCUGUAUUAUUUUAUUGUUUAUUAAAUUUAAUGAUCGAAAUGGCUUAUCGAAUAAAAUUUAAUUUUAAAGGUUUAAUGGCUCCUGUUUUCACGUUUUUCAAUGAUGAUGUUGAUAGGUCAGUAAAUACUGAUAGCAUUGCAGAUUAUGCAGAAUUUUUAAGUAAAAAUGGAAUUAAAGGUGUUCUAGUGAAUGGAACAACAGGUGAAGGUCCAGUUAUGUCAGUUAAGGAACGUAAACUUGUUACAGAAGCCUGGAAAAAAUGUUGUCAGAAACUUGGUUUAACAUUGAUGGUACAAAUUGGGGGUGCGCCACUACCUGAUGUUAUAGAUUUGGCUAAACAUGCUGAAUCAAUCAAAGUUGAUGCCAUUCUUUGUUUACCUGAUUUAUAUUUUAAACCAAAAACAGUUGAUCAUUUAGUUUUAUAUUUGCAAAACAUUGCAAGAUAUUGUUCAAAUAUCCCUAUACUCUAUUAUCAUAUACCGAUGUUUACUGGUUUAAAUUUGCAUAUGCCAACAUUUUGUGAAUCCGCUGAAAAAAAUAUAGUAAAUUUUGUUGGACUUAAAUAUACUUCUGGUGAUUUAGAUCAAGGUAGUGAUUGCUUAAAGGAAGGGCGUUCAGUAUUUUUAGGAGCUGAUACCAUAUUAUCUGGUGCUUUAACAUUAGGUUUUGAUUCUGCCAUUAUGACAACAUUAAAUAUUAGACCCGAGUUGGCUGUACAAAUUAUGAAUGCAAUGUCAAAAGGUCAAAUAAAAGAAGCACAAAGAUUACAAAAAGAAUUAACUGAUUUUGUUAAACAUACUUUACAAAUUGGUGGUGGUGAAUGGGUACCAUCUAUGAAGAAAAUUUUCAAUAUAGAAAGAAAAAUAAAUGCAGGGCCAGUAAGAAUUAUUGAUUAAAAUAAUUUGUAACCACAAAAUUAAAAAAAAAUUAUCGGAAGUCCAAAUAUUUUUUGUGUCUAAAAAUUUCCCAUAAUAUGUAAUUUUCUAAAAUUUGUUUUUAUAAGAUUUUAUACAUAAAUAUGUGUAUGUAUAUGUGUUUACUAAAAUGUAUUUUUCAUUUUAUAUAAUAAAUUGUUUAAUAAUAAACUUCAUUAUAAUGAU